GCUCCCGCUUCCACAGCUCCCGGCGGGAGAAGUAUGGCAAUGUGUUCAAGACCCACCUCCUGGGCCGGCCAGUGGUGCGGGUGACAGGCGCCGAGAACAUCCGCAAGAUCCUACUGGGCGAGCACACGUUGGUCAGCACACAGUGGCCCCAGAGCACCCAGAUCAUCCUGGGUCCCCACACCCUGCUCAGCUCCGUCGGUGACCUGCACCGCCAGCGUCGCAAGAUCCUGGCCAGGGUGUUCAGCCGCGCUGCCCUGGAGAGCUACCUGCCGCGGAUCCAGAAGGUUGUGAGCUGGGAGCUGCGGGGCUGGUGCAUGGAGCCGGGCUCCAUUGCGGUUUAUUCCUCCGCUAAAACCUUAACUUUCCGCAUUGCAGCUCGGAUUCUGCUGGGACUCCGCCUGGAGGAAAAACAGUUCAAGGACCUGGCCAAAACUUUUGAACAGCUGGUGGAGAACCUCUUCUCCCUGCCCCUCAACAUACCCUUCAGUGGGCUGCGCAAGGGAAUCAAAGCACGGGACAUGCUACAUGAGUUUAUGGAGAAGGCUAUACAGGAAAAGCUGCAGCGAAACAACCCAGAAGAUCACAGCGAUGCUCUGGAUUUUAUAAUAAACAGUGCCAAGGAGCACGGCAAAGAAUUCACCAUGCAGGAGCUAAAG